AUGUCCUUUCGCAAUCGAUAGAAAUAGAAACAUGGAUCUGGAAUGAUGAAAGAAGAUUUAGAUCUCAAAGAUAUCAAUGAACCAGAAGAACUGGGUCUAGAUCAAAAGAUGGAUUGGUUAUCCAGCAAACAAAAAUACCACUUUAAACGAGAGAUUUCUUACAAAAGACAGCAUAUUCUGAAUCUUAUCACUGAACAACAAGCAUCAAACACUAAACCUGCUCAACCAUCACAAUAGUAAUCCACCAUUUCCAAUAACACCUCCUCAUUAUAGGAUGCCAUUCCAAAAAUACAAUUAGAUUAAGGAGACACCAAAAAUGAGCACCUAUAUGCGCAAUCCAAGUUCUCUUAAUUGAACAAGGAAGCUCUUUCCCCUUCUGUACCCAAUAGAUUCACCUCGAAAAAAAGAUCUUAGUUUUCAUAUUAUUCCAAUGAUUCCUACAAUUCUAAUCUAGAAUUGCAUCUUGGCCAAAAACAAGAGUCGAACAAUCACCUCUCAGAAACCAGAAAGGAAAGGUCAAAAUUAGUGAGCAAUACUAUGAAUCAAUAUAAUCAGCAAUAUUUAUUAAGAUAAUCGAGAAACUAAAUCAUUAAUAAGGUUAAAAGAAACAAUCCUCAGUCCUCCUUGCUACAACUUGAACUAUCAGACAAAUCAAAUUCACAAAGCUCAAUCAGCACUCCAAAAAGCAUACUGAAAAAUCCAUCAUCUCUCAAUUCAAGUAGACUCAGUUUUUGCAGUUUGCAACUAGGCAGUUAACUAAAUACGCAAUCCCCCUCCAAAAAACGCAAAGUUAAGUUCUGCUUGACCAAACAAUAGGCAAGAAGAGAAAAUAUUCCAUGUUGA